AUGAGCCCGGGGCUCGGGCGCGGGCGCGAUGGGGAGGAUGCGCUCAUGGGUGAUUUGUUGAGCGACGCCUUGAUCGGGGCGAGCGACGGUUCGCGGCGCGCGCGCGUGAACGGCGAGCGAGACGGGCGGUCGCGGAGUUUCGUCGCGAGCGUAGACCGAAUGGCGGGGACGUUCGAGCUCGGGGUCGAUCGACAGGAGGGGACGCGCGCGGAGCGAUCGCGCGCGGGCGGAUCGGACGGCGGCGGGGCGAAGCGAAAGCGCACGGAGAGCGCGCAGUUCCCAGGGCGCGUCGUGCGACGCGUGAUGGAGGAUGGAGACGAUGAUAGAGCGGCGCCGGGGGGUUGGGGCGAGUUGUGCGACAGAGAGUUUGAGUGUAAGAAGACGGCGAGGGUGGGCGUCGUGGAGUGGUACAGCAAGACGAGCGCGUCGAGCGCGCGAUUGAUCGUUGAUAAAUGGCGAGAGAGCAAGGUGCGAUACGUGUUGCGGUGUCAGCGCGCGAUGCCGAAGAGGCAAGAGAAGGGUAACAAGGAAGUGUGUAAGAGCAUCAGCGGGCGGUGCGCCAUGUGCGUGAACAUCGUGCUCAAUAAGGAUGCGCAAGUCUGGCGGGUGAGUCGCUCCGAGAGCGUGCCGUGUCACGACCCCUCGUGCGAGGAUUCCACGCGGCCGAACGUGAGUUCCGCCCAGUUUGCCGCCGCUCUCGUCGGAAUCGAACACGUCCCGGCGGAGAGAAAACACGAAUUCAUCACCAGAGUGUUGAAGGAGACCGGGUACAAGAUCUCCUCAGGGACCAAGCAGCGCGCCAUCGCGCUCGCGGAAGAUAACGCCAGGAAGGCCACCCACGGACCCCUCCGCUGA